UAUUUCAGUAUUUCAAUAGGAUUGCAAAAGACGCAUUUCAAGGGCAAGGUGUGAAUAACCCUGAAGUCUGAGAUGCUGGAGAAACCAAGCAGCCUGAGAUGAGCAUCAUCCUACCCACUGUGCUCCGCUGUCACCUGCACUAUGGACCUCCAUCAGAAAGAAACACCGUAAAUGUCAAUCGGUGCAAUUGUUUCAAAGAAUUUAUAACGUGAAUAUUAAGGUGGACAGCUCGGCCGCUUCCCUCAGGCGGCAAAAUGGCGGCGGUGCUUGUGAGGAGCAGCCGUUAUCCAGCACCGCCCCCGGCGGGGAGGAGCGCCGAGCUGCGGCCUGCGCCGUGCCCGCCCCUGAGGGAAGCGGCGUGUUGGGGUGCGGGGCAGCGCUCUGCCGUCCUCCUUCCUCCUCCUCCUGCCGCAAGCUCGGCCCCGUCCCCCUUCUCCUUGAGCCGCUCGGAGCCCGGGCCUGAGGAAAAAUGAUAUUCAUCCAGCAUUCCUGAGUAUUAAGAAUGGGUCCAGAUGUACCGCUGCUCAACGAUUACAAGCAGGAGUUCUUCUUGAAGCGCUUUCCACAGACUGUGCUGGGAGGUCCCCGCUUUAAACUGGGCUAUUGUGCCCCUCCUUACAUAUAUGUGAAUCAGAUCAUUCUUUUCUUGAUGCCAUGGGUGUUGGGAGGAGUAGGAACACUUCUGUACCAAUUAGACGUUGUGAAAGACUAUUAUACUGCUGCACUUUCAGGAGGACUGAUGUUUGUCACUGCGCUUAUUCUUCAGAUGGCAAAUCUAUAUGCAAAACAGAAAACAGUGACGGUAGAAAGAAUGCAAAUCCAGAAUGCUCUAACAGAUGAAGAUGAGUUUGAAUUUUCCAGCUGCGUAGGUUCAGAGACAGUAAAAUUUAUUAUUCCUGGCAAGAAGUAUAUUAUCAACACUGUAUUCCAUUCGUUUCUGGCAGGGGUAUUGUGCGGGCUGGGAACUUGGUAUUUGCUGCCAAACAGAAUAACCUUGCUAUAUAACAACAUUGGAGGAACUGUUAUGAUCUUUGUGUUUGGAUGGGUGACUGUAUGUAUAGCAGAGUAUUCAUUAAUUGUAAAUACAGCUGCCGAGACUGCUACUUUCCAAGCACUGGAUACCUACGAAAUCACUGCUCUGAUGAGACCUUUCUAUAUUUUUAUCUUUAUUGCAGUGGAUCUUGCACACAGGUUUGCUGUCAACGUACCCAUUCUAGAGCAGGCAAACCAGGUUUUGCACGUCGUAUUUCUUUGUCUGCCGUUCUUGUGGGCAAUGGGAAUUCUGCCCCCGCUCGACGCACUUUUUCUAUGGGGAAUGGAACAACUGUUGGAGUUUGGACUAGGAGGUUCACCUAUGUCAAGUAACACAAAGUUGUUAGUAAUGUUUCUCAUUUCUGCUGGAACAGCAAUAGCAUCGUAUUUCAUUCCCAGCACUCUCGGUGUGAUCCUCUUCAUGACUGGAUUUGGGUUCAUACUGAGUCUUAACCUAAGCGAGAUUGGUUUUGCCUUCAAACACACCCUGAGCAGCCGUUUAGCCUCCAGCAAAUCUAAAGCUAUGCAUAGUGGUCUUAGAAUGCAGCUUGGGUGGAGGGAGUUGAUUUUUUAUUUGACCGUACUGACCCUUGCUCUCACAGAAGCUGGCCUGCUGCAUCAGUUUGCAGGCUUCUCAUCGUUUUCCAAGGCCAGUCCCCAGGCUGUAGUGAGUUACAUUCUGCUCCUAUUACUUGUAACUAUGUGGAUUCUUAGAGAGAUUCAGAGAGUGUACUUGUUUGGAACCUUCCGAAACCCCUUUUAUCCCAAGGAUAUCAGGACUGUGACUGUAUUCAUGGAGAAGCAAAGAAGGCUAAUGAAAGUUGGUGUUGUCAGGAGGAUUUUACUAACACUAGUGUCUCCGUUUGCUAUGAUAGCAUUCCUGUCACUUGACCGAUCGCUGCAAAACCUUCAUUCUGUGUCUGUCUCCAUUGGAUUCACAAGAAUAUUUAGAAUGGUAUGGCAGAAUACAGAAAAUGCCCUACUGGACAUCGUGGUUGUGUCGAUAGUGCAAAUGUUGGUGUUCAAUCCAGACCUAUGGUGGAACAGGAGCCUUGAUACAGGAAUCAGACUAUUGCUGGUUGGUAUCCUACGGGAUCGACUGCUUCAGUUUGCCUCAAAGCUGCAGUUUGCUGUAGCCAUCCUUUUGACAUCAUGGACAGAGAAAAAACAACGCCGUAAAUCUGCAGCCACCUUAAUCACGCUGAAUGUGGUUUUCUUCCCAAUCCUGCUGAUCUUCAUUGCCAUCUCUGCACUCCUUUCUUCUCCGCUGCUGCCUCUCUUCACACUACCAGUCUUUCUGAUUGGGUUUCCCAGGCCAAUCCGAAGCUGGCCAGGACCGGUGGGUGCUGCAGCAUGUGUUUGCUCUGACACGGUGUACUACCAGCAGAUGGUUCCAAGUCUGGCUCUUGCUCUGCAGUCUGCAUUAGCAGCCGGUAGCCUAGGUCUCUCUCUACCUGGAUCGCAUUACUUGUGCCGUUUUCAGGAUAGGCUAAUGUGGAUAUUGGUGCUGGAAAAAGGCUUCACUUACUGUGGUGUUAAUAUUAAGGGACUGGAGCUGCAGGAAACAUCUUGUCAUGCUGCUGAAGCUCACAGGGUGGAUGAGAUCUUUGAAACGGCCUUUGAACAUCAGGAGCAAGCAAAGAUUCUCUCUCUCAAUCACCAUUUUGGACACAUUUUGACUCCUUGUACUGUUCUACCUGUGAGACUGUAUUCUGAUGCCAGAAAUGUGUUAUCUGGAAUAAUCGACUCCCAUGAGAAUUUAAAGCAUCUAAAAGAUGAUUUCAUUAAAGUGCUUGUAUGGAUGCUUGUCCAGUAUUGUUAUAAAAAGUCAAAAUCGUGGGAAACUCUGGGCAGUGCAGACAGGAACAAGAAAGGACCAUUUGCAGGAAAGCAGCACAGUGGUGCGGUAGGAGCACCCAGACCCCCAAGGGAUGAAGAAAGCUUUAGCAUUGAUACAGUAGAGGACUGGACUGAUGAUAGUGAUAUUUUUGAUCUCGAACCCAGGGGCAGAAUGAGAGACAGAAAAGAACCUCGGCAUUUGGGAAUGACACCAAAAGUGCAUCUGUCUAUUCCAGGGUCUGUAGAUACACAAAGCCAAGGUGUCCUGCAGGAAAUGUUGCCAGAAGAUAAAUUACACAGAGCUGUUGUGCUUGGGCUUCCUGCCGUAGACAAAGGAAAACAGCAGGAAGUUUUACCACAGGUUGAGUUUAGUUGCUCUUACUCAGAGCUACUGAGCAUCCCUGAAGAAUGGAGAACGGCCCCAUUGCCUCCUUCCAAAGUCCAUGAAAUGAGGGAGAAGUUUCCAGAAGAAUGGUACCAUUUCAUUCUGAGUCAGCUGGAUUUUUUUCACCUGAAAGACAAGCCUUCCAAUUUACUUGAUGACCUUAUGAAAGAUAAGGCUUUACAAGACUUAUACGUCCAUGGUGUAUUAUCGUGUUGCUUUGGUCUGUUUGGACUGGAUAACACGGUGCCUGCCCCCAGCCACGUGUUCAGAGCGUACACUGGUGGUAUCCCUUGGUCUGUAGGCUUGGACUGGCUGACUGGCAAACCAGAGCUGUUCCAACUUGCAUUAAAAGCAUUCAGAUACACUUUUAAGCUCAUGGUUGACAAAGCAAGCCUGGGUCCAGUUGAGAACUUCAAGGAGCUCAUUAACUAUUUGGAAGAAUACGAAAAUGACUGGUACAUCGGGCUGGUGUCAGAUCUCGAGUGGCAGCAAGCAGUUCUCCAAGAAAAGCCAUACCUUUUCUCUUUGGGGCAUGAUCGAAACAUGGGAAUUUACACGGGGCGAGUCCUCACUCUCCAGGAACUGUUAGUGCAAGUGGGAAAGCUCAAUGAUGAAGCUGUCCGAGGUCAGUGGGCAAAUCUGUCCUGGGAGCUGCUGUAUGCCACGAACGAUGAUGAAGAACGCUACAGCAUCCAGGCACACCCAGUUCUGCUGAGGAACCUCACUGUGCAAGCUGCAGACCCACCUCUUGGCUAUCCUGUUUAUUCUUCUGAGCUUCUGCAUCUGCCUUUGUUCUAGGCUGUCUGUAGCACUUCUUUGUUGUUAUUAUUUUCUAUUUUCCAUUUGCCUGUUGGGAAAGAUGCCCAUGCUACAUUUAUACACUAGAAGUAAGACUGAGAAUCGCGCUGGGUGGCAGUGCCAACCCAGUGUACGUGAUUUGCACAGAAGUGGUGCUAGCCAGAACCUUCAGCAGGCAGGGAGUUCUGUUUUCUUGCUGCUGGAGCAUUUGAGACACCGUUGCCAGUGUGGCUGACAAGCCAGGAGAUGCUGAAAUUCUCUUCUCCAGGUUAGAGAAGAGCAGCAGGAUUCUGAUCAUUAGCGAUGUUUGGUGCAUUCUUAUCUUCGUUGGACAGGUGACUUGCACUGACAGGUUACAGCUCCCUGCAGAACCGUCAACCACAGAGUUGGUAACCAAAAUGUAUAUAUGACUAUUUAUAUGAUUUAUUAUUAUUUUUUUUUUAAUUCUGGCCAUUUUAUAUUGGACUGAGUUCAGUUUUAGUAUUUGUUAUAAUAUAUGACUUCGGGUGAUCUUCCUUAGUUGUAGUAAGUUAUCUGAUGUGCUUUCAUGAAGUUCUAAGGGAGGAUUUUUACCAAUGUACAUGUUGUGGGGGGCAAAGACAUUGACAGAGAACAGUUUGCAUCCUGACACAUUAAUAACCCGUAUGGCCUGCAGGAGAAAGUGGGCAUGUGUGGUUGGGAGACAGCUGGAAUUUAAGUCCAAAUACGUUCAUUUUAUUUCCUUCUUCCAGUACCCAGCUGUAUAAACUGUUGUGUGUAACCCAUGCCCCCAUCAUUAAGCAGUCUUCCACAAAUGCAGUCAGUGCUGUCUUUGGCAGAUCAUUAUGGAUUUUUUCUUUAUUUUUAUUUAAUUUUUUACCUUAGCAGAGCUGAGGUACUUUGGUACCCAGUACUUUUGGUACUUUGGUACCCAGUACUUUAGGUACUUUGCAAUUGGCAAUUGUUUUGUAUUAUUACAGGUCUCCUUUAAAACAGGCCUAGGUCAUCUCUCCAGUGCUCAGUUUAUCCUGGUCCUUACCACCAGUCAUUAGAACAUAAAUGCAUUUUCUCUGUAGGUCUGUAGUUACAGUGUUCGUUGUUGCUGGUUGAGCAGGAUUAAAUGCUUGUCUUUAAGCUGUAGAAUCGAUAUAAAGCAUGUCUGCUCUGUGACUGGUGUGGUGCUGGUAUAGAGAACCCUGUCCUGCAUAACUUGGAGCCACAUGUAUCACUUCUACUCCUCUCCUUUAAGAUGUUUUCCUGUUGGAUGCAAUUUGUCACAGGAUUGUGCGCUACUGACGUGGUUAUGAACUACGUGUUUUCACCAGUGAAGUACGCAAACCCUGUAAUGGAACUCAUAAGUGGUACCAGAACACCCACCAAACCCCAGAGUUACAACCCUCUGACAGUACACUAUGAAAUUCACACAGUAUUCAUGGAGUCCUGGUGUGCUGCAGGAGCAUCAACAGCAAAGUGCUGAUGGUAACUACACAAAUCCUUGCUUGCCUUGUACCUGGAAGCACAGAGUGGUGGACACAGACCUGCUGGGGGCUUUUACAGAGCACCUACUUCAGCUACCGGUCAAGGACCAUGAAUGGCAAAUGUUUUAUCCAACUUAAAACAUUUCACACCAGUUGCAAAGGUUGGGAUUGUUGGGUUGUUUUCUUUCUUAUGUCUAAUUUAAACCUCCCUGCCUCCAUGUGUGCCUCCUACUGACUUACCUUCACACAUUUAAUUCUUUUGUUUUCUACUUUGUUUUCUGUAAACAGAAUAAACUUGUUGAGAAAAGACUGAA